AUGGCGCAAAAUACGCUCGAAACAACGUUCGACACCCGCGGAAGAGCCACAGACGAACGGCCGAAAUGCGAUUUACCUAUACGAGAUACGACAAGUUUCCUCACACGAUUCUUCCUGCGCCUCAGACCACAGCCCCAUGUAGACGUGGAGGGAGUGCUACGGAGCUAUCCGCCUGGUCAGGACGGCGAGGCUGACCAGCAUGUCAUGUUAGGCGCUACAUUGACUUUCUGA